AAAUGUCGUGAAUCAACACUUCAGAGCUAAGAAUAUGAAGAAUGUAGAAAAGCUUCUCCAACAACAUGGAAAUUUUGAAAAAGCAAAGAAUAAAGAAAAACUUUUAAAGAAAUAUAAACGCUUAUCUAAAUUAUAUCAAGCAUCUCAUAAAACAACAAAUUAA